GCUAGCCACCAUUUUAUAUACAGCUGUUAGGUUAUGAAUGGCUCUCAUAAUUGCCUUUGUGAUCUUCUUGGUGUACAUCUUCGUGGUCAGGCCGUACUACCUCAGAUGGAAAUACUCCAGAUACUCUAACAUAAUGCUGGGUAAGAAGUUCAUCCCUGUUUUAGGAAACUUUAAGCAGGCUAUUGACUGUAUCCGAGCAGGUAAGGUUCAUUAUACUUGGUACAAAGAAGAAGCAGAAGAGGUUAAGAACUUUGACAUGAAACUUAAUUUUGAGGGUUGCCAUCCAAUACUCUAUAUGGUCAGCAAAACUGCCUGUGAAGAGUUUGUUAAGCAUGGAAGAGUUGAUAUUGAUAGAUCAACUGUGAGACUUGGAUUCGCAGAAAUGUUACAUGGGUCUAUUGUGAACAAGUGAACUACGAAAAAUAUUUUUCAGAGAAGGAAAAAUAUGACCCAGCUACUUGGUCUCAAUUCUGCUUCAAGAUACAUAAAGAAAUUCCCCCUCAUUCCAAAAAUUCUGAGUUGCACAAGAAAUCUUUUAGAUUCUAUGCCUGAACAAAAACCAAUAGAUCUUCUUCAAGAAAUGACUGAAUUAGUGUUCAACAUCUUCAACGAAGUGCUUUUUGGAAAAGACAUUACUGAGCUAGUAACCAAGCUCUAUCCUUAUGAGAACUCUGAUGGAACAACUGAGGAGGUGACUCUUAGAGAGAUACUAAUAAGGCUUUCUAGGUGCUAUAUUGUUCAGCAUCUCUCUCCUUUAACAAGCAUCAUGCUUUAUUUUGGAGCAGAUACUUUAUAUUACUUGAACCCCUACAAAAGAGACAAGAAGAAUUUGGAUACCUUCAAGGGUGCUAUCAGAAGCAUUGUAUCUACCUCCAAAGAGACUAAUUCCAUUGGUAAUAAGCUGUAUGGGUUCUCUGAUACAACUGAAGAAGAGAAGAUCUGAGAUUUAUUAGUAAUCAUGGUAGGAGGCUCAGAGACUUCCUCCCAUUCCUUAGUCUCUUGCCUGUAUUUCCUCAAAAAACACCCAGAAACUUUGGUAAAGCUAAGGAAAGAACUUGAAAAAGAGGGAUUAGUAAAAGAUUCUGAUUUAUCAACGUGGAAAAGAGAGAAACUGCAAGAUUGCACCUACCUUAGCUGUUUUAUUAAGGAAGUUAUGAGAGUAGAUCCCACAGUCAUUGAAACUUUUAUUUAUGUCACAAAUAAGGAGACUAAGAUCUGCAAUGUCCCCAUUCCUAAAGGGUUUCAGAUCAGACUUGACAUGAUGACUAGUAACUACGAUUCAGACAAAUGGCUUUAUCCAGAAAAGUUCAUCCCUGAGAGACAUGACUUUGACUCUGAGUUUUAUCAAAAGUCAAAACAAGCUGGAAAGGUACAGGAUGUUUACACGAGAAGACCUUUCGGUCAUGGUAUAAGAAACUGUCCAGGCCAGACUUACGCUAUCCUUGAGAUAAAAGUCAUUCUAGCCUACCUUGUUACACACAUAGACUUUGAAUUUGAGCUAGAAGAUAUGAACAAUGAAGGAAUUGGCUUCGGUCUAGGCACACAGUUCAACCCCAAAAUACAUAUAUCCAAGAAGUAGAGCACAAAACCCUCAGAUAUUUUCAACAUUCACC